AUGGCCGAUGAAGGAUUCGAUCCUGAAUGGAUGCCGAACGCUUUUCCUGUCCUCUGGGGAGAAGACAACUGUGUUCAAGGAAGUGGUAAUGAUGCUGGUCAGGGCCUGUACCCCGACCAGGACCCCACGUUCCCCGAUGCGGAGCAAAUUGCCCACGCUGCCUAUGCAGCUCAUGUGCAAUUCCAGGAAACGCGGUCUAUAGACACGUGGAAUACUGAAGAGACGCAAUCACAUGGAGCAAAUGCGCAGCAGCAGCAGCAUCGCAAACAGCAACAGAGCCACUACCGAGAUAGCCACGACCAAGACAUUUGGCAUCAGCCGGAACCUCGGCACCAGCAACAGCUUCAGGACGACCGCCUUCAACCGCCGUCACAACAGGGUCAGAUUCGAGACGUCCCGGACCUGCCGCAAUAUGUGAGACUGUCUGAUAUCAACGCAUCUGCGUCAUAUUAUCAGUUCAACACGGGCCGAGCCUUCAAUUUGCUGACCUCGCCCGCUUUCUCGCACUCCCGAGUGCCUACGCAGAGGCCAGCUUCGAGGCCAAUACCCACCCAGUCUCCCCGGAAAACAUCUCAGGGUCCGUUUGCGGCCCAAUCGCACAUGCCUCCCACCAGGCCUCCGCAGAGACCGUACACCUCAUUACCAGGUCGCUCUGAAGGAAACCAGAGUUCCUCCCUAGGCCGCCCCCGUACUCAGCUGCCUGCUUCCAUCCAAAAUGCGCAGAGGAAGAGUGCAGCGGUGACAACCCAACAGGAAGUACCUCAGACUGAGCCUGAAAUCCCUGCUGAGGCAUUUACUCGAUCUCAAACAUUACCAGAGCAGUCAGAAGCUCCCAGUCCCUUCCAAGAUGAUGCAGGGCUUUACAGAACGGCGUCACCCAAAAGACGUCCAUACAUGUCGGCUUCUCGCAGUACUCUGGGACUGCGUCCUGUCCCUACGUCAAAUGCCCUCCAAACUCCGGUGCUGGCUCCCACUCCAACUAGGCCAACAAAAUUUCCAGCGGUCUCGCACUCGCACCCUGCGCCGAGGUUGACGGUCGACUCGCCUACUCCAGAAUCUAUUCCUAGAUCGGCACCUGGUUCUUUACUAACGUUCAUUCAUGGCCUCACUCCGGGUUCCAAAUCAAACCCCAGAUCUCUGACAACAUCUACUAGCGUCAGAAGUACCAUCGUACCUUCGUUGCCUUAUGCAGCACCACAGACGCUCAAAGCUUCCGUUACUUCUCAGUCCACGUCUCUGCCACCUACUGCUAAGAGGCGCAAGUUGGAUAAUGGCUCCCGGCCUCCUGUGCCACCUUCAACAAAGACGAUGAACUGGGCAGCAUACGCCCGCGACUCGCCAAGUCGCAAGCAUAUCACAUACCGCCAGGAUAUUGUUGAACCAAUCGAUCUCCACGGUGCGGCAGCCAAGGAUAAUUAUGACCCGGCUACAAUCGCACGCGAUGUGUUGAUCGUUGCCGGUAAACAUCCGACGGAGAAGGGCCUCAACAAUCAUCUCCAAAUUCUUCGCCAGAAUUUCAUUGCCGUUGACAAUUCGUCAGACCUGGCCACAUUUCGGUGGGAUAUUGUUGAUCCUGAUGUGCAAACGCAAACUCGCGGACCAUUUCCACUCCAAAACUCCGAUUACCAGGCGUCAAGCAUGGGUUCGACUGUGGGGCACGAGGAACCUUCCCCUCCCGAAUCCAGCGGGCUUGCUGGUUGUGCUGUGUCACACCCGACACGUGAUACCCCCACCGCCCCGCCGGCGCGUCCCGCGGAGAGUCACCCGGGCGGCAACGGCGUCAACAUCGCCAACAAUGGCUCGAGCUAUCCGGACUUUCAACUCCCUCGUCCUGCGCCCACAAUCUCACCGUCGUCUGGAGUGAGCUUGAACUCACUUGGGUCUCUGCCAUUCAAGCCUGUCCCUUCCUAUUCACCCUAUCGUCCCCCCCCGCAACCGCUUCCCUCUUCCCUUCCGCCUCGCGCUCCCCAACCGUCGUGUCAAACAGUUCCAGCUCAGGCUCCAUUUCCAGCACUCGAAUCUGCAGCUGAACCAACGAUUACAGUGCAUGCAGCAGCAACAACAACAACGUCUGCCUCAUCACCUGUGCGCUCCUUUUCAAAAACACCUCAAGUCCCUUCACAAUCUCCACGUUGCAAAGCUCCCCAGCAAUCACCCUUGAAAGGUUCACCUCAAACGCAGGUGGUCAUUCCACCCUCACCACACUCAAUGGCGCCCAAGAGAAAACCCGGUCGGCCCCCAAGGAAAGACGAGUCCCAAAAGAUUGAGAUCGCGGUUUCCAAUCGUCCUGUCACCCAGUACCAAGUCUUUCAGUGCAAAUGGGCCAAGUGUGAGGCGGAGCUGCACAACCUGCAAGCGAUCCAUACACACGUGCUGAAAGUUCACAUUCCCCACCACAUCGCCUGUGGCUGGGGCGACUGUGCCGACAAGACCCCUCGGGCUGCCGCAGAUAUGUGGGACCACAUCCGGCAGAAACAUAUGGCCCCAUUGGCCUGGGCCCUUGGGGAUGGGCCUGCAGUGUCUGGAACUGCGGCGGGGGAUUAUGGUUUGCCCGGGGUCUCCAGCCAGAACGCUCCUCAUGACGCCAUGACUCUACCCGCUGACAGAGAUACCGUCAAGAUCUACAGUCGCAUUCAUGGCACGCAGUCGACUAAGCAGAAGGCCCAGCUGAUGGAGAAUGGCGGGCGUCGUUGGAAGGAAGAGGCCGGGCCUGAUUCGGACACAAGCGAUCGACGCAUCUCGACUCCCGCCCGGUUGCUGGCCAGUAGCCACGAGGAGACGGCCUACACCCUUCCUCAAGGGGAAGUGGUGAUUUGA